AUGGGCUUGCUUUGGUACCCCACCGUCGCUCGUUGCAGCGAACAAGUUGGUAGCUCUCACAACGAGCACGAGGUGCACAACGCUUCCAUAGAUGCCGAAGGAUAUGCAGUACGCGCAAUUGGCGAUCCUCCGAAAGCUGGUAGGGUGGAAUCUUUUGAAGAAAAAGCGUGGCGGAAGUUUCGUAACCAACCGCUGGUUCCGAUCGGGUGUAUAGCGACAGUAUAUUUCCUUAUGAGCGGCCUCAAAUCAUUUCAGAAACAAGAUCCGGUAAAUUCGCAGCGUAUGAUGAAGUUUCGCGUCAUGGGACAAUUUGCAACGCUUGUAUGCUUUAUUGGUUACGCGGGAUUGGAAAAUUUUGAUUGGCGACUAGCGCCUCUGUACCAAGAUAUCAAGAAAGUUGAAACAUCAUACAAUGAAGAGGAGAAGAAAGAGCACCAGGAGGGUUUAGUUGGAGAGAAAAAGUAG